AUGGUCCUCUCCCAAGCUCUCUUUCUAGAUCCUGUGAUAAUGCUCUCCUAUUACCUCUCCCCGUACCUCUUCAGGUCAAGGAAGUUACCGCACCACCGGGCAGGGGCUGCUGCUGGAACCCUGCACGAUAGAUGCUCCAGAUUGCUAGAAACAUUUAAUUGUCUUAAACUGACUCACGUCAAAUUGCUCUUGUCCCUGCCGUCAUUACCCAACCCCACGGCCACCUCCUUGUCCUCUGCUACGCUGUCUGGCCCCUGGCCUUGGCAAGCGGACUUUCUCUGGGGCGCUGAUCCUUGUCAGUGUUCUAAGCUGGAUGCAGGGGAAGUAUUGCUCAAAGGAGUCACUGUUACAGCCUCCCAGCGUGAAGGACCGCUCUAUCUGAAAGAGUCCCUGGAAACCAGACAGAUGGUGUUUACUUUGGCACAGCUCGAGGCCUUCGAGAUUUGCCUGAAGGAAGCAGAAGAAAAGGCUAAAGUCUUAUCCGAACAGCUUGCAGCCUCUGAAGGAACAAAAUCAAAGCUGCUUGAACAAGUUUCCUGGCUGGAGAAAAAACUAGAGGCUCUGGACCGAAAGGAAGACAGGGGGGAACCAUAUGAAAAAAUGGUCCUUGCAAAAGACCAAUGUAUUGAAAAAUUACAAGCUGAAGUGAAAGCUUCCCAGGAGCAACUUGUAGCCUAUAAACUAAAGCACAAAAGGAAACUGGAAAAGCUACAAACUGAUUUGGCAACAGCUAAGCAAGAGGCUGCCAUCACAGUCCUGGAACUCAAUGAGAAGAUACUGACUCUAUGUGAAGGAAAGCCAGCCCCUAGAGAAGACAGCUCACUGGAAGAGUGCUGUGGUGGUCUCCUGCCUGUGGAAGAAGGUGACCGAAAAAUCAACCUGAUUGUGGAGUUGUCGACCCAGGUUUCCCAUCAGACUGAGAAGAUCACUCAGCUGGAAGAAAUUUUAGAAGAAAAGGAAAGGAAGAUUCAGCAGCUGGAAGCUGAGCGGGAGGCCCAUCCUUUCCCAGAGGUCAAAGACUCUCCAGAAUGUUUACAAGAGGCCCCAAUUUUCUUUAAUAAUAGCAUCACUCCUGUGGUCUAUGGCGAGGAUAUUUAA